ACAAACACACACACACACACACACACACACACACACACACUCACACACACUCACUCACACACACACACACAACACUACAGUAUAUCAGUGAGUGACUAGCAGAGAGCCAGAGGGGAGUGCAGAAAUGAAUGUGAAGAUCCUGACGCUGGUGAUUGUGCUCUUGGUGUCUCUGCUGUGUUCUGCCGGUGCUGGUCCCAUGGCCUCCACAGAGCAUGGCAGAGGGCUGGAGGAGACAGCUACAGUGAGAAAAAUGGCGCAGCAGAACCCGAUGAGAGGCGGUCAGACCCACAGACCGGCCAAGAGAAGACGCCCACGGCCCCGUCUUUCCCACAAGGGGCCCAUGCCGUUCUAGAGCAAGGCAUUCCUUUGAGCGCCCUCCCCCAGGUUCUGAUUUCUAUGCUCUUCCUUUGCCUUGGGGGGCCUUGCAACGAAGGGCCUAUGCUUGCCCAGCCUGAAGAGUGAUGUCCAUAGCACCUGCUGGUUCUCCAAGCAACUCUGUCCACACACAAAAAAAAUCAGGACUAGCCGCUCACCCUCAGCUCCAGGAGGAAAAAAACAACAAGGAGGCAGGGGGAAGUGUGGGUGGGGGUUGUUGAGCCUGAGCUAUCAGACUCUAUUUCUCUGUCUCUCUCUUUCUCCCUCACUGCUUACUUAUCUCUGUCUUACCCCAAGUGUUUUAUUUUUCUUUUCUUUCAUUGUAUUUUGCUUAUUAGAGCCCAACCAUAGCAACUUUUCUGAGUGUCUCGCACUCUUUGCAUGACAUGUGGUGGAGAGGGAGCCCGGUCAAAACAAUCAGUCUUAAAGCUUCUGGAUGUAUUCUUCACAUGUCUCAGAUCCAAGGUUACUUCUGCCGCUUGACUUUUGUUGCAGCGUAGCUACUUUACAAGAAGGUGAGGAUGCUGAUCGUACAGAAAGUGUCCGUUUUUAAGUUCUGUUACGACGCUCUGAGCUGCGAAAAGGAGACGAGGCGUCAMCGCAGACUAUAUCCGUCACUUAACGAUCAUUAUUAAUGGUGCUUUGUUCCUCAAAACGUCAGUACGUCCACAUGCAAAGUAAAGCUGGACUGAAGAGAAAGCACAUGUUGUCAAGAGAAUCUAUUUAAGCAACAGAAUUAUUCCCUCGUUCUAUGAUCCAAAGCUGUUUUUGGUGUUUCUGAACUCAUUAACACCUCGGGGAAGGAGGAGGAGGGGUUUCUGACAAGGUUACUGUAAAAUGUCUCACCUUGAAGGAGUCCUUUGACCCCCCCAAAUCUGUCCCCGAUUCCCCCACCCAGCCUUUUCUCGCCCCGAGCAGCUGCUCUACACGACUGUUAACUGGCAGUGGCAGUUUGCUCCGACAGACCGCCUUUGCCUUUUAAUGAAGUGCCAAAUACAAAAAAUAAAUAAAUAAAAGAUAAAAAAAAAGUUGUUCUCCACGAUGCUGCCAGGAAUGGAGGAAUUACAAAAAAAGGGUAUAGAGCGAAACACAUUACCUCUUGUUUGAAGUCUUGAUACACUGAUACAUUAUGCAUUUUAAAUUUCUGCAAACAGAUAUCCCGCGUCGUGGCGACGUUAGCGAGGAAAACGAGUCGUUUCAAAGCGAACACCGACCCGGUUGUUAACGCCGUCGCCGUUAGCGCUCUGGCUGUUUUAUUAUUAUUAUUUUUUUACAUUCGGCACACAGGCGGGUGUGACCUUUUUGACCAAUAUUUAUCAUAGAAACAGAAAAUGCUAUGCCUUUCCAUCGUACUGGAAUAUAUUACUGUUUAUUUUUUUCUGUGUUAUAGUUUUAUUUCCUUUUGUUCUCAGGGUGCUGUGAUAGAGGCUUGUACUAGAGCAGUCUAUUUUGUGCAUUUAUUCAACACAAAAUGUAAAAAAAACUUAUACAAGCAUAUUUUCAUAUACUACAUCUUACAUUUAUUCACCACUUUAGCCACUAUUUCUUGUUUAAAGAUUUAGUUGUCACUGCUUAAGUUUUUUCUUAUUCUGCCCCUCCACAGCACAGGUGGCUGUGGUUUUGAUCGGCGAGCUCAUUAAAUUCUAAAGUAAAUCUUUCUCAGAUGGACCUCCACACGUUUGGCUGGGGGGUCCAUGUCCAUAUUGGUCUUUCAUUUUAAAAACAGUAACUGAAAAAUGAAAAACGGAUGGUUCUAUUUUCAUAUUAAAYUCCAAAAAUGGGAAAACGGUCCACCUUUUUAUUUUUGUCAAAGCAGCCGUUUAGAUCUGUUAUGGCAACUCAACGUUGCCCUGCAGAACUUGCUGUGGUUUCACGUUCCUCACCACGGACCUCUUGGACAUAAGCUUAAUGUGCUAAAAGCACCGGGAGCUCCAGGCAUCAUGUGUGUAGCAAGUAGCGUCUUUAGCAGCUAAACGUAAAAUUAAAAGUGUCAAAAAGAAACAAAAUAACUUAACAAUAUUUAAAUAAGUAAUAAAAAAUUGACCAUGCAUAAAAUAUGGUAGAGGUAUGGUAGAGAAAGCAUUUGCUAUUUGUUUUAAAAAUACAGGCUUGAUCUAGAAAUGCUUUUAUUCUGAAAGGGGUGAACUGGAAGUAUCACAAGUUAGAUGGAACUGGUUUAGAAUGGCAGAUCUGUCAACUUCAAAUUAAACCUAUAGGCUUGUGUCAGUUCCUCCAGUCUUCAACUGGAAGAUGAAGACAGACUGAGUGGAAAUUGUCUUAGAAGUUAGCAUUAGCUUCCACCAUCUGUUUAGCAGUUAAGCAUCAACAGAGUUAAGAUUACUGUUUAGCGGAUUAGUGGUUAGUGAACCUAACCUUUUGUUUAGCUGUGCCCACCCUUGGAAAUGAGCUUAAUUUAAAAUAUACAGUCUGCAGUUUGUUAAAGAAAAGUAAAACUAGUUAGCUAGCAUGUAUUUACGGACUGUUUAUAAAUUAUACAAAUUUUCAGACAUAAAAAAUUUUCACUGAUUUUUUCAAAAUCUCAGUUUAAAUUUUGUUUUACAUCUCGUAAGAAUAAAUAACCACCUCACAACCCACUCUUCUGAUAGAAAUAAGUUCCAGACCUCUCCCUGUCCUCCUUUCCCUGCUCCUCUGUGCUGCAUGUAUGUAUUUAACUAGCUCCAUCCUAAGUGAAAAAUAAAAAGAUGGACAAUUUUCCAUUUUUGGAGUAUAAAAUAAAAAUAGAAUAGCCAUCCAAAUUUUCAUUUUUCAGUAUCUGUUAAAAUGAAGAAACAAAUGACCAAAAAGUACACAGAUCCUGGGGCAACUUAGUCUGAGCUCAUUGUUAAACUGGCUCACACUCUGACCCCCGCCCCACAUUUCCAGUCUUUGAACCCCUGCUGAUUCAGAUCAUGUCACACAGUGCUGUUUUCUGGUGUCUUAGGCUUGCAGAACUGCUUACUGAAAGUCUUCAUGUAUCUUAAUUAACUUCAGUUCAAUUAGUAAAAUCAUCUCGUUCAAAUCUGUUUUGACCACACGAUCAUCUAAUUAACCCAGAUUUUUCAGCCCUUUCCUCUCCUUCGCCACGUCUCAUGCAAAUAUAAUAAAAUGCAGAGUCUCGAGAAGCUUUUAUUAGGAGARCAUCUAAAACCACCCACCUUGAUUAAAAAUGCAUUAAAUCCUAGGGCACUGUGAAGUGUAAUAAUUUCAGUUCUAGCAUUAUUUUUUCAUCCCCCCCUCACAGACAGAGAUGUAGAUUUCAUUAACGCUCCUCGGAGAGGCGAGGCGGCUUCGCUCAGGAUGUCUUAUUGGAGAAGAUGAUAGGUUAAUAUGAAAGUUCAAAGCCGCAGGAUGCUGAAAGUAGAACCGGGUCGCGGCAAGGGGCUCGAAUCAAUAUAUACCCACUCUCCCCACCCCCUAUCCCCAUCUCAGAAGUUAUUGUAACGGAGCCGAGCGACAUCUGUAUCCGCACUGUUCAUGAAUGUAUCCUCACCGUCAGAGACCAGAGCAACUUACGCUUUUAAAUCUCAGUCUGGUUGUCAGUUAAAUCCAAAAACUAAAACCAAAUAUCCCACAGAUCCAAAGCCUCUGGUGUUAACUCGUCCCAACGAACAGACGUGGCUUCGCUCCAAGACUUCUCUGUAUGGGUUUCUUUUUUUUUUUUGUUUUUUUGUUUUUUUGCAAGGCUGCACUUUUUUGCAAUUCCAUUAUGCUGCUGGAAAAAAAUACACCCUUAAAAACAAAGAGUCUCUUGGUAUGGAAUGGUUUUCCAGUGUAUUGUGACGAUUUUCUUUUGUCUGAUUCUUGUCUAGCUGGUUGUCCAAAGCUUACUUCUUUUUUUUAAAUACAGUGAAAAGCUGUAUCUUUCUUUUUGUGGAUGUAACAAAAUAGAAAACAAACAAAAAAAAAGUAGUCUGCAGCACAAUAUGUCGUGGACACGUGAAAGCUUUCAGGCGUUCUCUUCUCGUAGAUCAUAGCUCGCAGCACAUCGGGUUAAUGGGCCUGGUGGUGUAGAAGGACAAGCGUGUUCAGGCUAAAACUGAAAUGGUAAACCGACACAUUACGCUCGGGGAGCAAAACCAUUUUCCUUAAUGGUCUUUUCCAGCAAGGCCAACAACAAGAGCAACGAUUCCUUUUCCCCUCUCAGUGUCUCUUUUCCAAUCCCUCCUCUCUGUGACCAUCACAAGGCCUGAGUAAUGUUUCUAUGCACUUGUCAGCACGUUUUCCUGGUAGAAUUUCAGUUUUUGCUCUUUUGUUUAAUUAAUUUAGUCAGGGAGUGUGUAAGAGAUGAGAUGUGGAGGAAAGGAGUUACAAGCAGGUUAGUUUAGUCCCAACAGGAAAUCAUCUUUUUGUUUCUUUUUAAAUCUUGUAGCCGCUCUAUUCUCCAUUCUCUACCAGAUAAAAUUUCUAUUAUUUUUUUAUAUUUAUCAAAUGUUUCACUGAUGGCCGGGGUGGAAGCAAAGCUGGCACGCUACAACAUUCCAAUGAUUUUUUACCUCGUGGAUCUCUAAUCCCAUCAAACCGUUGGCCUUGGAGGUGGGCGUCUUGCAGGAUCGAGUGGCUGAUACUCAAUCAGACGCUCCUCCGCUGGCUGAGCAUAACCAGAUUCUAACUCUCGAGAGAAAUGACGACGAGCUGUCGUUACCUCGGAGCACCAAAAUGAGACUUCGGACACCCAGAAUAGCACAGGUUGCCCCCCACCAAACCCACCCACAAACCUCACUACCCCGCCUCGAUUGCAACACAUUCUCCAUUCUUGCCACCACUGUGUUUGAGAAACGGUGGCACUCAAAACAAUCGGAGAAGAAAUCCAGUCUGUCGGCUCACACAGCAUCACAACAGUGUUAGUAGGUCUAAUGACGAUGUAUUACUCCUGAACCUUCUCUUCUGUUCAUGGUGUUUGCUCAUAUUACUACUCACCAGGCCAAAUGUACAGUCCCCCGUCUCUGUUUCGAUGUUGAACUGGGCAAAAAUAAAAUGACAUGAAUAAAUAAAUAAAUAAAACAAGUGUAUCAGAAAUGGUUGAAAUACUGUGUACAUAUUUGAACCUUUGGUUUCUAAUUUAUAAAAGAUAAGCUUUAGCUCUUGGAGUACUUAUUUUAUUUUAUUUUUUCCUUUCAUGCGUAGCUUUGUGUUUUUAUUUUCUAUUUCUGUAAAGUGUGUAAAUAUAUCUUUAUGAUAAUAAGUAAUAUUAAAAAUCUUAUUUUAAGAAAAAA